UUGGUGCUCCACAUCGCCGUCGCACGUUCAUCGACUGCCAAAGCAGAAACAGCGAUUCAAUCGAUUCACAGCGAUCAAACGCCGUUAGUUACCCUCGGCAGCUCGUGUUAAGCACUCGAAGUGACUAGAUUGAUUGUGUUUCGCUUGUUUUAUUUUCGAAACCAGAAUCUAAUCGACGCAUUAUCGUGUAGUGCCGAAAAACUGGAUUAUCGACUAUAGAAGCACAGCACAACGAUAGUUGCGAUAAGCAAAACUCUUGACUGUUGACUCUGCAAGUGCUGUGCGCCGAGUUCAACGUUUAGUUUGCACACAGUUGCCGUUACAUAUUGAGUGUGUGUUGACCAUUGUGCCAAGCAAUCAUCAUCAUGGGUGUUAAGGUUAAGAAUCCCACGAGUGCCCAGAUCGAGGAACUGCGCCAGCGUUUCAAUACACAAUACGCUAACUCGCCGCCAGCAGCUCCCUUCCAUCACGUCGACCUUGCUCGCAUACGCAAUGAAAACUUGUGGCUGCAACGUUUUCUGGAAAUGCACGAUCUUGACAUGGACACCGCAUUCACCAAGCUCUGGGAAACUUGUGUAUGGCGUCAAUCGUAUGGUGCCAACGAUCUGCAUCACAGUCAACUGAAUCAAGAAUAUCUGAAUCAGGGAUGUGUCUUUGUGCGUAAUCAGGAUGUGGAUGGCAAGCCAUUGCUAAUAUUUCGAGUAAGGCUGCACAAUAAAUCGAAAAAUCUGGAUGAACUCAUACGCAUUGUCGUCUAUUGGGUGGAGCGUGUGCAGCGCGAGAAUCACUUGACCCAAUUGACCAUAUUCUUUGACAUGGCGGGCACGGGUUUGGCCACAAUGGAUCUGGACUUUGUGAAGCGCAUUGUGGAAACUUUUAAGCUCUACUAUCCAAAUGCACUCAAUUAUAUCAUUGUCUAUGAGCUUGCUUGGGUGUUAAAUGCCGCGUUUAAGGUCAUCAAAGCUCUGCUGCCGCCAAAGGCAGUUGAGAUAUUGAAAAUGAUAUCGAAAAAGGACGUCACUCAAUACGUGACCAAGGACAACUGUCUGUCCAGCUGGGGCGGCACUGACGACUACGAAUACAGCUUUGCGCCACCCUCCGAGUCGAAGCAAGCAGCACCCAAAAUCGUGGCUGCAAAUGCCGGAGACGCCGAGCAGCCACCUCAGGAUUACGAUAAGAAGGUUCAUUUCGCCGAGAUGGUGCUGCAUGAUACGAGCAUUAAAGAACUGCACACGCCCUCGGAUGGCGAGGGUAUGUUGCAAUUGGAACCAUCAGAAAAUGUUAAUUUUUGUCCACACACCGGGGAUGCCAAGCUGACCCUCAAGAACAUUUCACAACAGCCCAUUGUCUACAAAAUACAAACCACAUCGCCGGAAAAGUUUCGUGUGCGUCCACGUUGUGGCGUUAUUCCCGCACAAUGCGCAGUUGACGUCAGCAUAUGUCUGAAGUCGGAUCAUCAACUUAGCCCCGAUGGCAAGGAUAAGUUCCUUGUCAUGGCAGCCGUGGCACCGAGCGCCGACUGCGGUUCCCAGGAGGUGGCCGACAUAUGGAAGGAGAAGGGCACAAAUGAUGCAGACGUGGAGAACUAUCGUCUGGUAUGCCGUCAUUUAGGUAAAUCCAAAGAGGGUAUGGAUGUUGUUCAAUCAGGCGGCUCUCAAGCUGGUAGUAAAUUCGGUCCACAGGAAUUACAGGAGCAGGCCAGAGAAAUGUCAGCCCAAUUGAGGCAUACAAGAAAUUUGCAAUAUGUAACAUUAGCACUCAUCGUGCUAUUAUUUGCUGGCUUUGGUUUUUUGCUUUUCGAGCGCAUACAUUCAUCAGGGGAUUCGCUGGGAUCUGCGGCGGGCACUUGCCAACAGACGGCGCCGUAUAAAUGUGCCAAGCACAAAUAAUAUUUACUGUCGCAAUGCAAUCUGACCAGGCUAGACGAUGCCACUGUUAGUCACGACCAUCACAAGAGCAACAACAACAACAAUAAUAAGAAUAAUCCGAUUAAUGAUAACCAACAAAACAAUGAUAAAGAGAAUUGUGUGAUUUGUGAUUUGAGCCUGGAACUGGACUACAUUGAUGCUGAGGAUGUUGGCAAUGUUAACGAUGAUGAUGACUAUAAUACAGAUUGCCUGGAAGCGCUUCUGCUGGCACAGCAGCUGCAGCAGCUGCAACUGUCGAUGCGCAGUGGUCGUGUGAGUGACAGUCAGAUGGGAGGUGUUGCCAAUGGCGGUCAUCUGCUUGGUCUCAUUGCAUUCGCACGUAAAAUAGCGCGCGUGCUACUUUCGCUCUCAUUGUUAUGCUGCAUUUUGUUCCUCAGCUUCUACCUGGGCAACAGCUACGACGUUCACAAUGGGCAAGCAACAGCCUCAGGUCACCCUCAUUCAGCAGCAGCAUCGCAAACAACAGCGACAGACAUGUCCUUGGUCAACAGCACCUUGAGAAACACAUCAUCAACCACCAUUAACAGCAACAGCAUCGCAAUCAACUCUUCGGCUUCAGCAGUUAAUAGCCAUCAUUCACCAGAAACAUAUUCCAUAUAGAGAGAGAUCACCACAAUAUACAAUUUAGUAAUGUAUAUUAUACAAUAUACAAGAGUCACAAGUGCAAAAUUUCUCCAACACUCUUCUUAAGAUUGUAAUUUCAAAAUUCGCUUGAAGCACAGAGCUUCGAGUAUUGUGUAGAAUUUAUCUUUGAUCAACUUUAGCCCAACCCAUCAAAAGGAAACAGCCGCUGGAAACAAUGAAUUUGUAGUAAUUCCAUGUACGAUAUAUAUACUAUGUAAAUUAUAAACAAUUUAAUAUUAAUAAUUAAACAAAAAAGUUGAUUAGUUUGUAAAUACACAUUUUAAUGAGUCUUUUUUCUUAGUUUUGUUUAGUUUUUGACACAACUUUUAACCACCUCCAAAAUAGAGUUUAACUAUUUAUAUACUUAUUGUAUAUAGAUAUUUAUAUACUAUAUAGAUACUUUAUUUAAACAAAAAUCAAUUAAAUAAACAUGUUUAAUAUUCAGUUGGCAUUGUGAAACAAGUUUUCUGUUGCGCACGAGUUGAGUACGUCGAGUAGUAAUAAACAAAUGUGGUUAAUAUGCAGGGAAUUUGAAAUAUUCGCUACGUUUCCGUUUAAUUCUUCUUGCGUCCACGUUUAGCAGCUGGCUUCUUGACGGGCUCCGGACUGGAACCGCUUGUCAAUGGCUCCCCAUCAUUUACGGGAGUAGUCUCUUUGUCAUCAGUUUUCUUUGGCGACUGCUCCGCCUCCUUGGAUGCCACCUCGGCAGCGCUGGCCGCAGCCUUUGUCUUCUUGCCACCGCCUCCGCUGGCUGCUGGCACAUUCUCCUUCUGCUCCUCCUCUUGCACAUCGGACUCGACCAGAAACACACUGUGCUGUCCACCGCCGGCAGCAAGUAACAUGCGUUUAUUCGCUGUGUUCUUACUGCUUACCAAAACCGGCGCAAAUUCAUCGUCGCCAUCGCCAACGCCCAGCUGAUUGUUGGAGCCCAUGCCCCACGAAUACAAUUUGCCAUCUUUGGUAAUGGCAUACGAGCAUGCCUCUCCACAGGCCACAUAAACGGUAUUCCCGCUCAGCUCUUUGAUGGCCACCAGUUUGUCGACCACAUCCUUGACAUCGCUACCAAUGCCAAGGCGACCAUAUUCGUGUCGUCCGAUGGCAAAGCAUUUGGAAUUAUUGUCCAGCACCAGGGUAUGAUGCUGUCCACCCGCAAUCUGUUUGACAUCCUUCAGAUCGGUUUUAAUCGGUAUGAGAAGACGGUCGGCUUCCUUGGCAUAUGUCAGCUGCUUGUAGUUGUUCAAACCGACGGCCCAAAUGAUAUCAGUCUG